GAGUACUAUGCAUUCAAAGAUUCUGAGAGUCCCAUCGUGGUGGUUUGUGGCUUCGGCGGCUCUCAUCUCGAUGACCUGCAACCGGCCAUUGAUCGUUGGACGCAAAGUGGUGCCGGUGUACUGGCUUUUGGCCCGGCGCGAGUUGGCCGGGAUGACAUGUUGGAUUCCAUUUUCUCAAAGCUCGUCUCAGUGCUGGAAGAUCGUGCCGUGAUCUUCCAUUUCUUUAGCGAUGGAGGCUUUGGGAUGGCGCGAUCGCUCCUUGGAAAAUGGGAGGAGAGCUGGCAGAAGGGCGAAGUUCGCCAGUCGCCUGGGGAGUCCAUCAAGUGCAUGAUCUCUGAUGGUGCUGGCCUCCUACCGCACGAGGCCAUCGCCGUCGACGAGGAGAGCACCGACAUGGAGGAUCCCAUGGGUCCCUCGCGAGCCGAGUCGGAUGCCGACAAACAAACAACCGACAACGCCCUUGGCUUCUUCACAGGCUGCGGCUUGAACAUGCUGAUGACCUUCGGUGCCUGCCAGGCCUUUCACGAAGAGCCUGCGAACUCCUUCGGAAAGACAUUGAUCGCAACGGCGAACAGCCGCAAGCUUGGAGGGGAGCUCGCCUCCGCCCCCAGGGGUCCCGUUCUUGCCAUCUGGCGUCUUCUCCGUGAGAUUCCUACCUUGAUUGUCGCUUCACGAGGUGACAAGAUCGUUCCGAUCGAGAGAUCAGAGCUCUUGGCCAAGUGGCUGCGGGAGCUUCCGAACCGAGUGCUGAGUCAAGCACAGCGCUGGCAGGAUGCGAACAUUCUGGGACAAGAUGGUACCGCUGUGCGCAUGCUGACACUCGGUUUUGGAAUAUCUUUGAGGAUUUCUACUGGAAAAUCCCACCGCGGGGCAGUGACACUCUAA